UGUUGCUACUGCGGGCGGCGACCAGUAGCACUGCGGCGCGCUUGGCGACGACCUCGGGACUCGGAUGGCCUACUAGUAGUUGGUUCCAGGUCGCCAUGGGCAAAUCAUGCACGGGGGUCACCCUCCAUCCACCGUAGGAUUCACCCCCUGCCCACCAGUGUCACCAUACAAAAGUCAUAGCAAAGACCUGAUGAUUGAGCUUCAACCAAUCUUACGGCUAGCGCAUGAUGACGAAGGAAAGCUGAGACGUCUGCCAGUCUGACAGGUGAUGCCCCGCCGAUGCCCUUGGCCGGUAAUAAGGCAAUAGGUUUCGCCACACUGCCGGCCUAUCUUACCCCUCAAGCCACACUUCCCACCUCAUUCCAUCUCGGCCGCGUUGCCUCAGUGCUGGCAUCCCUUUGACGGCAUCUCACCCAUCCACAGAAACACCCCUGGCCGGGCUCGUUUCCGUCCUGCAGGAUCCACAACCGUGAAAAAGUUACUGAAGCGACACAGGCUGCAGUGCCAGACCGCCUUCCCCAGUGCCAUUCUUCAAGUUCAGCCAUGGAAGGCCUAAGGCUGAUCGCCCAGUCGACAUUCGACAGGCAUCAGAAGUUCCGGGGCGGGAGUGACGAUUCCCAGCGGUACAACGUCAUCGAGAUCGGCGCAUUUGAAUCGCCAAAUGCACAAGGCCCCACCUCAGGCGCAGCAUCGAAUAAUCGACAGUCCAUACAUGAGAGCAUACCAAAUGCCUCUUCUAUUUCUGACGGCGCUGCAGGCGCUGGCAAAUCCACGGAUGACGCGUCCAAGGUACCAGGUGCAGCUGCCGGCGACCGCGGUGGCAAUCGCACCACUUUCAACGAAUGGUCGGUGUACGAGGAGGACCUUGUUGCGUUCAUGAAGAUGAGACCCGUUGAAUCGAUGGCACCAAGCCCGAAACGCCCUGCGUCACAGCUACAGCAAACAGAUGCAAAGAUACCAAAGGCGCUGGGCCAGGCAACAGACAGCGGAACGGCCAGCACGACCGGCCAUUUGCGGAGUGUGAGUCUGCAGAGCAACAAAACCGCAAGCACAGCUGCCACGACAGCGACGGCAGCCACAUAUCCUGUCAAAGGCAGCGAUGAGAUUCCCAAGAGGGCGAAGCAGGAGGUGGAGGCUGCCGCGUCACUGAAGAUGGUGUGUAUCCAGCGUGCGCCGCCUGAGGAGGGCUCGGAAGAGGACACAAACACUCUAGCCAUUUCCCGGGAAGCCUUCCUUCAUCUUUAUGUGGAUACCAUGGAUGCAGACCAUGGCGCACUGUACUUUAUUGUUCGCGACUAUGAUGGUUUCCAUGAGUACAACGACACGACCAAGGGAAUUUUGACGACAUUCAUCGGCACAGCUGAUUAUGCACUGGUGUGGACAUUCAAUCGCCGAACUCUGGAGACAAAAGGUCUGCUCAUCAACCGCAAACCUCCAGAGCUGCCGAAGGAUCCGGUUCUGCCAACAGAUUCAGGCUCUGCCAAGAAAAAGUCCAGCAAAGCCAAUGGCGGCGCGGUUAUCCCGAGCGAGGCCUGGGUGGGCUUCAGGACCAUGCUGAAGAUGUAUCGCGGCUACAUAUUUGCGCCGCCUCUGCUGAGCUUUGUCUCCUGUCUGCACAUGCUGCAUUCUUUCGAUGACCAGCUCAGCACAAGCGAUCUGCCGCACGUCAAAGACAUCGAGAGGAAGGUCGGCAGCGGAACUAGUGAGGCGGCGAGGACCGGAGACUUGACGCGGAGUCAGUCCAAAAGCCAAUCUCUAUCACGACAGUCAUCCUCCUAUGCGAGACGACUUUCAACAGAACCGAGCUUCAUCGACCUCUCGCCAGGCACACCGACCCAGCAGAAGCCCUUCAGCAUCGACAAAUUGAUAUCCUGGUCCCAAGCGUCCGGCGAAAUCGCCGACAGCGCGGCCCGCAGGCUGCGGCAGAUCAAGAUGGGCAGGGAGAUCCUGGAGAUGCUUUCACGCGAGCAUGAGACGGUGGUGGCGGACGUCGUCGCGCCGUCGUUCCUGGACAGGUACCAUAGGGCCAUGCAGGGCAUGAUCGAGGCCAUACCCGCGGUCGAGAGGCACAUGGCGUCGCUGGAGGAGACGCUGGUGGAUCUCAAGGCGCGCACGGAGAGGCUGAACGGGCUGGUAUGUGCUCUUCAUUGCCUUUCGGCCCAUCAUCCCCUUCAAGGGGGGUUGAAGCUCACCGCGAGUGCGUACUAGAUAUCUGCGUUGUUUUCGCACGAGCAGGCCGUUUCUGAGGGUCACCCAAUGGCGUCCUCCGUGGAUUUGGCGUUGCCUGGUGUGGGUCUGGAGGAGUCGAGUGAGGAUAGGGCGGCUAUAUUGAGUACGACUUUGAUGCCGAUCACGAUCUUUGCUGCUGUUGUUGCUAUUGCUUUGAUCAGAUGGACUGUGGUUGUACCGUGUAUGAUCUUUUUCGGCUUGGGAUGGUCGACAGUCACGCAAAGGGAAAGAAUAAGGCAAGCAUCGGAACGCCUCUAUGAGGAGGGUGUACGCCCAUUGAGGCAGGACAUUACUACAAGUCAAGGUUCGGAAAAGCUGCUGCAGCCCUAAUUGAGACAUAGUUCCCACGAAGCAAGGUAUGACAGAUAGUUACCAGGAAAAUCGAUCAUGAGAAUCGGUCAUAAUAUUCAAAUUUUACGAAACCACGGAUAUCGCCG